GAGUACUUCUAGUAAUACUCUGGGUCACGUGCACUGGUAUGCAACCACUUCAUUGGGGAACGCGCGCGCGGCGCGUCAAGGUUCGGGGCUCCCGUAGCACCUGACAGUGGACCGCGUCUGGUGCACUGCCCGUGACAACAGCAAGCUCGCUCCGACAUCCAUCCUUCCCUUCACAGAGUCAUGGCAGGCCCGUCUCGAGCUCCCGAAAAGAGGCAAGCCUCGUUAACCAGCUUUUUUACCAUCAAUGGAUCAGGCAAAAAAAAGACAGCCUCAGCGGAACACAGCGAUAAAGACAAGGACAAGGACAAGAACGAGGACGAGCCAUCGCGGGGAACCGAAACAGAAAAGUCGGCAUCCCUGCCCAAGUCAAAGGCCACCCAGAAGCGACCUCUGCAGGACGACGCCGCUAACGGCAAUCGGGAACCAAGCCGCGCAGCAAAGCGCGCCAAGGCAGCUUUCGACGACGACGACUACGACGAGGAGGAGGUUUCGGAGGGGGGCUCAACCGCGUCCGCGGAUGCGUCCCCGAGUCGAGCCCCCGGGGCCGAAAGGCUGAACGGGUCGUCCCGGACCGGGCAAUACGCGUACAACGCCGGUCCCUCCGCCGCAGACUCCAUUGGCCCUGAUGUAGAUGACGACGACGCAGCGGCCCAGCGGAAAAAGGAGGAGUUGCAUAGGAAGUUUGUCAAAAAGCUCGGUCAUCCCGACAGCUUGUCACUCUUCCGGAGGCGGGAGUUCCAGGGCUCGGGCGAGUGCCCCGGGCGAGAUGGAGACGAGGAAGAGGAGGGCGGCGACGUUGAUGAUGACGAACCUGCUCCGACGGCCAAAGCUAAGAAGAAGGGCGCCAAGGCUGCUGGCAAGCUGACGCCCAUGGAGAUUCAGUUCCUCGAUAUCAAGAGGAAGCACAUGGACACCAUCCUCGUGGUCGAGGUCGGGUACAAGUUCCGCUUCUUUGGGGAGGACGCCCGCAUUGCUGCCAAGGAGCUGAGCAUCGUCUGCAUUCCUGGCAAGUUUAGAUAUGACGAGCAUCCGUCUGAAGCACACCUCGACCGCUUCGCCUCGGCCAGCAUACCUGUCCAUCGGCUGAAUGUCCACGUCAAACGCCUCGUCGCCGCCGGGCACAAAGUUGGCGUCGUCCGCCAGCUCGAGACCGCGGCACUCAAGAAGGCCGGCGAUAACCGAAACGCCCCAUUCGUGAGGAAGCUCACCAACGUUUACACCAAGGGGACCUACAUCGACGAGACGGGAGAGCUCGACCAACCAGGGGAAGGCACAGGUGCCCCCGCGGGUGGUUAUCUGCUCUGCCUGACCGAAUCACCCGCAAAGGGUUUGGGGGCAGAUGAGAAGGUUCACGUCGGCAUCGUCGCAGUCCAGCCAGCGACGGGCGACAUCGUCUACGAUGACUUUGAAGACGGCUUUAUGAGGCGCGAAAUAGAAACCCGGCUGCUGCACAUCUCACCAUGCGAGCUUCUCAUUGUCGGCGAGCUCUCGAAAGCUACCGAUAAGCUGGUUCGGCAUCUUUCUGGCAGCAGCACCAACGUCUUCGGAGACAGGACCCGCGUGGAGAGGAUCCCGAAGAGCAAGACCAUGGCUGCAGAAUCCUACUCACACGUCACCCAGUUCUAUGCGGGAAGAGCCAAGGACGGUGACAAGCGCUCGACCGCCAUUCUUGACAAGAUCCUGAAACUGCCCGAGUCGGUGACGAUAUGUUUAUCGGCCAUGAUCACUCACCUGACCGAGUACGGCCUGGAACAUAUCUUCAACCUGACCAAGUAUUUCCAGUCGUUCAGUACGCGGCAACACAUGCUGAUCAACGGUACUACCCUGGAAAGCCUGGAGGUUUACAGGAACGCGACCGACCAGUCUGAGAAGGGGAGCUUGCUCUGGGCGUUGGACAAGACGCGCACCCGUCCCGGCCGGAGACUGUUGAGGAAAUGGAUCGGCCGUCCGUUGCUGGACAGGGAAAGGCUUGAGGAGCGCGUCGCCGCCGUCGAAGAGCUGCUCGAGAACCAGUCCACCUGGAAGGUCGACAAGCUCAGCGGCCUCCUAAGCUCGAUCAAGGCCGAUCUCGAACGGAGUUUGAUCCGCAUUUACUACGGAAAAUGCACCCGCCCGGAGCUCCUCUCUACCCUGCAGACCCUCCAAAGGAUAUCCAUGGAGUUCUCAAGGGUGAAGACGCCAGCAGACACCGGCUUUAAGUCGCGCGUCCUCAGCGAGGCUAUCUGCUCUCUGCCGGGGAUAGGGACUAUCGUCAGUGGCUACCUUAACAAGAUCAAUCCCGAAGCUGCGAGGAAGGACGACAAGUACACUUUCUUUCGGGAAGGCGAGGAGACAGAGGAUAUUGAGACCCACAAGCUGGGCAUCGCCGCCGUCGAGGCGGACCUAGAUGCGCACCGCCAAGAUGCCGCCGCAAAACUGUCCAAGAAGACCCCCGUGACCUACGUCACCGUGGCCGGCAUCGAGUACUUGAUCGAGGUGUCCAAUACGGACCUGAAGCACGUUCCCGCUUCGUGGGUCAAAAUUAGCGGCACCAAGAAGCUCUCCCGAUUCCACACGCCCGAAGUAGUACGCCUGAUGAAUGAGCGGGACCAGCACAGGGAAGCCCUUGCCGCGGCUUGCGACGCGGCCUUCGCGGACCUGCUCAAGUCCAUCGCUGCCGAAUACCAGCCCCUCCGCGACGCCGUCUCCUCGCUCGCCACCCUCGACUGCCUCCUCUCGCUCGCCGACGUGGCCUCCCUGCCCGGCUACACCAAGCCCAGCUUCCUCCCGAGCACGAGUCCACCUACCAUUUCUAUCACAUCGGGUCGCCAUCCCAUCGCAGAACAUACCCUGCCGGACGGCUACAUCCCCUUCACCACCGCGCUGACCGCUCCCUGCCCACUCGCCCAGCUCAUCACGGGCCCCAACAUGGGCGGCAAGUCCAGCUACGUCCGCGCCGUGGCCCUGCUCGUGCUGCUCGCGCAGAUCGGCUCCUACGUGCCCGCCGACGCCAUGUCCCUGACCCUCACGGACGCAAUCUACACGCGCAUGGGCGCCCGCGACAACCUCUUCGCCGGCGAGAGCACCUUCAUGGUCGAGGUGUCCGAGACGGCCGCCAUCCUGCGCGGCGCCACGCCCCGCUCGCUCGUCAUCCUCGACGAGCUCGGCCGCGGCACCUCGACGCACGACGGCGCCGCCAUCGCCCACGCCGUCCUCGACUACGUCGUCCGCGAGACCCGCUGCCUCACCCUCUUCAUCACCCACUACCAGAGCCUGGCCCGCGUCGCCGAGGGGCUGGGCGGCGCCGUGCGGUGCGUGCACAUGCGGUUCGAAGCCGCAACCCGCAAGCACGGCACCGACGGCCGCAGCGGCGGCAGACGGGACGACCAACAAGACGACGCCGACGGAGAUGGAGGCGGAGACGGAGACGAGGAAAUCACCUUCCUGUACGAGGUCGCCGAAGGCGUGGCGCACCGGUCGUACGGGCUCAACGUGGCGCGCCUGGCGCGGAUUCCCCGGCGGGUGCUGGACGUGGCGGCGCGCAAGUCGCGCGAGAUGGAGGAGGGCGUCAAGGCGCGCCGGCUUCAGGGGGCGGUGCGGCUGCUCCAAGACGUGAUGCUCAAGGGGGCCGGUGACGACCAUGACGGUGGUGAUGGUGAACAAGAGUCACAGCUGGACCAGCUGGUGUCCAGUAUCGAGCAGCUGUAGGCUGCCUUGUUCCGCUUGAGUUGCGCUGCCGAGAUUGGCAGACAGAGAGGCGGCCACUUUUGGUCCGUGUAACGAUAUUCCUGUGUAGUUUAGUGUUCUUCUGCCCGGUCGAUGCUACCUAGGCAUCAUGACAUGGACGAUAUGGUCGGAAAUUUAGAUUCCUUUGUGCACGUCAAAAGUGUCUUGGCCCCUGCAACAUGC